UAUUUUUCAUCUUUUUUUCUUUGACUUUUUUUUUUGGAGUAAAAGAUAUCUCUCAUUAAUUAUUCGGUUUUUUUCUUUUGAAUACCUCUUUCAUAUUGUGUAUAAACUCAUUUGUUGCGGGCAAUAAACAACAUACCAGCUUAGAGGCAUCUUGAAGUAUCUGUAAUUAUCAUGAAGGUGGCUAUUCUAAGUGAAUUGCUCGCUUUAAUAGUAUUCACCAAUGCAUUACCAUUAUUUGAGAUUCCUAAUGAUUAUGAUAAAUACGGGCAAGCAUGUCCUUUGUUUCCUCACUACAACGUUGCGUGCCCAGUGCUGUGCGUGACGGAUCAAAAACUUUGCCCAAUCUCAUUAGCAGCCACUUGUCCUCCAGGACUUUCUUUUUGCGGGGACGGUACUUGUCAAACUUCAUGUGAUAACAUACCUAAUGCUUGUGAAUGUGGGGGUGAUGUCGAUCCAAAUGCCCCUCCAUACUAUCCAUGUGCAGCUGGCCAACUCGUCAAUAUUACUCAUUUCGAUCCUGAUAACCAAAUCAAUCAAAUUCAAAAUACUUGUGCAGCCAAUGCGCAAAUUAAUGACCGUAUGAUCACUGGUAUCUGGGGAGAGUUCAAUUCUUCUACAGCCGUUUGGUUAUCCUGCCCAGUAGUGGAGCCUUUUUUCACAUUUAAAGAGCCAAUGUGGAUUGCUGUCUGGUCUUUGAUGGGUGCUGAAGCAGCUAUUUUAUUAUUAUGGGCCCUUUACAAAUAUCUGCUUGAAGCCAGAUUCCAUCAUAAUGUGCGAUCAACGGUCACUAUAGCAGCAGGAACAGCAGCAGGAGUAGAUGAAAAAAUUGACAAAAAUAACAUGAUGGAAAAUGAAGAUAUUGAUGAAGCGGACUACAAAGACAAUCUGAAAGAGAAGGGUUCCGCUGACAAUAUCACAGAUACAUCUACUUUCACUACUAGCUCCUCCGAUGAUGACUCAUCUAUCAAAGAGUCUGAGCGUUUGAAAUUUAGAGGUUUUCUGAACGAUUAUUUUGGUACACUUGCAUUUGGAUCUGUUAUCAUUACGACUCUAUUGUUUUUCGUGUUUCUGGGCUGCAUUGUUGGUGAUUAUUAUGGAACAAUUACUGGUUUACAAUUGGAUGUAUUUUUGUCGAGCGACGUUUCAUCCAAAGUUUUUGCUGCUGUUUGGCAUAUUGCUGGUGCAUGGUUCUGCGUCAUUGUCUUUGCUCGUAAGCGCAUUCGUAAUUACUUUAGAAUUGAAUCCUAUCCACAUGAAUGUCCUUAUGUGCAAGUGGAACGUAAACAAGAACAAAUGAUCUUCUUGGCUGACAACAAUAAGUGGAUUUCAAAGCUUCGACAGAUUGAAGCACGUAUCAAUCAACGACUUGGAUCCGAUAUAUUAGUAUGCACAUGCCCUGUCAAAAUUAUUGAAAAUAACCUUCGCUACUUCGAAUACCAAUGUAUGCGAUAUGUUUACAACAACAAGAAUAAGAAAUUUGAACCAUAUGAAUUCGAUCUCGGUUCAAACAAUAAAGAUCUGCAAGCAUGGGCUGGAGGAAUUACAUCCAAAGAUGCUAAACUUAGAGCUGAUAUGUUGGGUCCUAAUAUCAUCAAAGUGGAUGUUCCCUCAGCUCCACGUGCCAUCAUCCAAGAAUUUGCUUCCUUGUUGUACCUUUAUCAGAUGAUGUGUAUGUGGGUAUGGUACUACUUCCAAUACUACAUUUUGGGUUUGAUUCAAACCGGUAUUAUUCUCGUUUCUGCAUUCAUCCGUGUCUUUUUACGACUCCGUGGUGAAAAUCGUAUUAGAAGGUUGGCUGAACACGUUGUCGAUAUCAAAUUACUUCGUGACGGCCAAUGGAUAACUGCUUCUAGUGCAGAGAUUGUACCUGGUGAUGUGUUUGAAGUUGAGGAAAAUACUUUAGUUCCCUGUGAUGGUGUUAUCCUAUCUGGAACUGUCGUCGUUAAUGAGUCGUCUUUGACCGGCGAAGCUAUGCCCAUCCGUAAAUUUGCCAUUCCUUACGACAAUAAUACCUACGACAUGAACGGAUCAGGCAAAAAUAAUACUUUAUUUGCUGGCACCAUCGUAUCUCAAGUGACACCCUCUGUGGGUACAACCACUACAACUGUGAGCAAUGCAACUGCAACCGUUACUGCCAUAGGUAAUGUCGACAGUCCAGAAAAAGCUGAUGCUGGCUCGAACAGACGUGUGUACGCCUUAGCUUUGCGUACAGGUAUUGCCUCUGAAAAGGGUAUGUUGAUCCACAAAAUACUCUUUCCCUCCCCAGUGUCUUUCAUUUUCAACGAGCAUUUAAAGGUGGCUAUUUCCAUUCUUCUUGUCUGGGGUUUGAUUGCCUUCUGUUUAUCCUUGUAUCUUAUGGGUCGUGGUAACAUUACCAGCUGGUUUUACGGUGUCUUCGUUAUCUCUCAGAUUUUCUCCCCUCUUUUACCAGCCGCUUUCACCAUUAACCAAUCUGUAUGUGCAGCACGUCUGCGUCGUAAAGGGAUAUUGUGCAUUGACUUGCCUCGUAUCAAUCUGUCGGGCAAAGUCCGUAUCUUCUGUUUCGAUAAGACCGGUACACUUACGAAGGAAGGUCUCGAGUUUUACGGUGCUGUUGCAGCUCCAACUGCUGUCAUUGGGCCUUUUAGUCACCGCGAAGAAGAUCCCCUCAAAAUCGAGCCUACUUUGGCCAUGGGUAUUGCCACUUGUCAUGCUGUUACCAAAGUCAAAGACCAAUAUAUAGGCAAUCCUGUAGACAUAGAAUCUUUCCACGCAAUGAAAUGGGAAUUAUCUGAACCUACAGUAAAUGAUUAUCUGGACACUCUAACCGCACCUGGGGCUUCACCUGGCGAUACUGAAAGAAAAAUAGUUCAUGUACUUCGUCGUUUUGAAUUCGUCCAUGCGCGUGCUUCUCAAUCCGUAGCUGUAUUAGACCCUGUUAGUCAACAUGUCCAUGUAUUUUUGAAAGGUUCCUUUGAACGUGUCAAAUAUCUAUCGGAUCCUGAUUCUAUUCCAGCGGAUUAUGAUCAACAAGCCGCAAAAUAUGCACAAGAAGGCUGUUAUGUAUUGGCCAUGGCUCAUCGCGAUCUGGGUAUUCUCGGAAAAGAUAUACAGAUGGAGAAUAUCAAAUCGCUUAUGACGCGUGAUGAUCUGGAGCAGGAUUGCCAGUUUAUCGGCUUCUUACUUUUCCGUAAUAUGCUAAAGCCUGAUACCGCCGAUGCGAUUGCUGAAUUAAAGGGAGGUGAUACUCGAACUGUUAUGAUUACUGGUGAUACUGCUUUGACAGGUAUUUACAUCGCUCGCCAAUGUGGUAUGAUUGAGCAAGGCAAUCGUGUACUUUUGGGCGAUGUUGUUACUGUUACACGUACUAUUGAUGAAAAUAAGAAUGAACGAAAUGAAACCGUUGUGAAUGAGGUCAAAUUAGUAUGGCAUGAUGUGGAGACUGGAGAUCAGGUUAAUGCCGAUCAAAUCAUUCAAAUGGAUCCUCGUGAAGAACAUGAAAAACGCGUUGAGCUGGCUUUGACAGGACGCGCUUUUGACUUCCUUGUCAAAGAGGAUCAAAUUCGAAAAUAUCUGUUAAUGACUCGGGUAUUUGCUCGUAUGACACCUACGGAUAAGGUAACAUGCGUUCAGUUACAUAUUGAAAAGGGCGUUACUGCAAUGUGUGGAGAUGGUGGUAAUGAUUGUGGCGCACUUCGUGCUGCCCACGUUGGCUUGGCUCUCUCUGAAGCUGAAGCUUCCAUUGUGUCUCCGUUCAGUACCAACAACCGGUCCAUCAUGCAGUGUGUCGAAUUGAUGAGACAAGGUCGUUCUGCAAUAGCUACUAGCUUUGCAAAUUAUAAAUUCUUGAUUUUGUAUGGUGAAUGCAUGGCUUUCUGGGAGUUACUAAUGUUUUACUUUACAGUCAUCGCGCCCCAAUCUAUCUGGAUCACUAUUGAUGGCUUUAUUACGACCACUAUGACGUUUGCAAUCACUCAAGCGCAACCUGCUGCUAAGUUAAGUCCUUCGAGACCUACUGCCAAACCCUUGGGUAUCUAUACAUUAGCCUCACUCUGGGGUGUUAUUUUUAUAAAUUUUUGGUUCCUCAUUUGCAGUGUUAUCUGGCUUUUCCAACAAGAUUGGUUCAUCUGUAAAGAAUUUGACAGCAGGUCGGUUGAUUCCGCCAAAUGGUGGCUGAUAGGUGACAACUAUGAAUCCGAGGUUAUUUCUCUUGUUAUUUUGUUUCAAUUCUUUAACAAUGGUGCUAUAGUCAAUUUUGGUUCUCAAUUCCGUCAAUCCUGGUGGCGUAACUAUAUCUUGGUCUUUGUCUGGUGUUGUUUCUUCGUUAGCACCAGUUUCCUGACUUUGGCUGAUCCCAACCCUUAUAGCUGUAUUUUCCGUUUAAAUUGCGGCUCCAAACAAACACUUGUAGAAUUAGGCUAUCCUGAGCCAUAUUGGGAUAUUCCUGAUUAUAACUCGCCAGUAGGUCACAAUGUGAUGCCCAAAGACUUCCGUUGGAAAUUAUGGGGUUUCAUAUUAGCCAAUUGCGCUUGCAACCUUAUCUGGGAGCGUAUUUGUAUGCUUUGGAUUGCUCGUGAUUGGGCCAUUAAGCGAUAUAAAGCAAAUACUCAAAAUAAUCGGGCUAUCUUCAAGCUUUAAAAAGUGACCGAUACGACUUUUCGUAAAUACUCAUUAUAUCUUUUUAGAAUAUCCAAACGGGAUACUUUUGUAUAGACUUUCGUUUUCUUUUUUUCUUUUUUUUUGUGUGUGUAUUCCAUAAUAAUUCCCGUAUAAAAUAAUAAUCUACUUCUUUAAACGAGACGAUAAUAAUAUCCACUUCUUUAUACACUAAUAAAGCUCAAUGUGAGGGUAGUUGCUAAUUAUCCUUAAUAAAAACGCUUUUUGCGAAAAUAAUGGUAAAAUUCUCUGCCCCUUUCUCAAUGAGGCUUAUUUCGAUGUACAGCCUUUACUUAAGGAUUGAUACAAGUAAAAUAGAUCCUUGCGUUUAGAGUUCAAGUAACAAAGAUAGGUACAUCUUUAGAACGUAACAUAUUUACUUGCCUUCUGUAGUAAGUCCAUAACUGUCUUUAUACUUUCUUUGCUAAACGAUGUCUGGUUGGUUGAGAAAGUUGAGUGAGGAUGGGGCCGGGAAGGACAAA